UGCCGGUUUUACGAGGAGAAAUUCCCCGAGAUCGAUAGCUUUGUCAUGGUCAACGUCAAGCAGGUUUGUCCUCCUGAAUCGGCGCCCGGAGCAACCGACUGGCGCCCGUAGGCAAUCACGUUGCAGGAUACACAAAUACUGACCAGCUGGCAAUGACAGAUCGCCGAUAUGGGUGCAUACGUCAAGCUGCUUGAAUACGAUAACAUCGAUGGCAUGAUCCUGCUUAGCGAACUGUCCCGAAGACGUAUCCGAUCGAUCCAGAAACUCAUCCGAGUUGGCCGCAAUGAAGUAGUCGUAGUGCUUCGAGUUGACAAAGAGAAGGGCUACAUCGACUUGUCAAAACGUCGAGUGUCUCCGGAGGAUAUUGUCAAGUGCGAGGAGCGGUAUAACAAGGGCAAGAUGGUGCACUCCAUCAUGCGCCACGUCGCCGAGAAGACUCUGGUGCCCAUUGAGACCCUAUACGAGAGCAUAGCCUGGCCGCUGAACAAGAAAUACGGCCACUCCAUUGACGCGUUCAAGCUCUCCAUCACCAACCCUGACGUAUGGGGUGAUAUCACAUUCCCCAGUGAAGCUGUUGCCGAAGAGCUCAAGUCGUACAUCAGCAAGCGUCUGACACCCCAGCCGACCAAGGUGCGAGCCGAUGUCGAGGUCACCUGCUUCGAGUACGAGGGAAUCGACGCUGUCAAGGCCGCCCUGCGAACCGCCGAGGCACGUAACACCGAGGAAAACCAGGUCAAGGUCAAGUUGGUCUCCCCUCCCCUCUACGUCCUGACCAACACGUGCCUGGAGAAGCAUACCGGUAUCGCGAGACUGGAGCAGGCCAUCGUGGACAUCCGCAAGCACAUCCAAGCAGCCGGCGGGAACUUGAUCGUCAAAAUGGAGCCCAAGGCUGUCACGGAAUCUGAUGAUGCCCAACUACAGGCAUUGAUGGAGAAGAGAGAGCGGGAGAAUGCUGAAGUCAGUGGUGACGAGAGCGUCAGCGAGAGUGACGAGAACAUUCCCGGAACGGUUUGAGCGUCUCAUUUGCAUUGUACUUAAGGUUAGGGAGCCAAAACUGGGAGUUGUGGGGAAGGAACACUAAGUAUUGCCAGCAUGAUUCGCGGAAGUUGACGACGAUACGAACAUAGAGGUUACGGCCAGGUUCAGGUCCAUCAAGGGGACCUU